CAUCCUCCCAAUAUUCUCAAUACUUGUAGAAUUUCUAGGUAAAUAAAAGAGCAAAUCACCCGGGAAAUAAAAUAAUUUACUCAAACAAAAAUAAACGAAAAGAAGAAUAAAAUAGAAAUGUCCACCAAUUAUGUUUUAUUUGUUUAUUUGUUAAUUUAAAAAAUUUAAGAAGAAAUGGUUUUUUCUCUUGUUUUCUUUUUUCUCUCCGACUACCCUCCACCACAAUUAAUCCAAGUUCUGGAUCUUUGGCUAUCGCAAGAAUUCUCGUGGAUUUGCUGAGAAACGAACGAGGGUUUCUAGGGUUUCCACUUGUCUGAUGGUACUGUGGGUCUGAUACCAAUGUAUCGUAUUGUACUAUGCUAUUGAUGGGUGAUUAUGAUAGAUUUCAGUUCUCUCACGCGAUUGUUCGGUUUGAUGCAUAUAUCGAAAAGGAUGCCCGACUGUGCUUUCCGGGAAAAUUGAACGUUUGACUGUCUUUUCUUCCUAUCGAGGGGACAGAAGGGAAUUGCAUAGAGUGUGGGUGAGGAUGGACAAGGAGAUGGUAUCUGCUGAGGGGGGUGAUGGUUUGAUCAUUGCAGUUGAGAAUAGUCCUGAAGAAUCCAUAUAUGUGGAAAUGGAAACUGAAGAGAGUGGAAUUGACAGUCAAAGGAAUGGAAUUCAAGGUUUUUCGUCAGCAAAAGGAGAUGGAAGUGAUGAUGUUGUAUUUUCUAGAGAAGGAUCCCUUAUAACCAAAGAGUCUAGAGUGGCAGGUGGUUGUAGUUUCAGUGCCAAGAAACUUAAGUCUAGGGUGGCUGCAACAGAUUCUGAGCCUGGGAAAAAGGAGAAAUUUGUGCAUGAAAAGAAACUCAGUAGACAAGAUAGGAUUGAAUUGGGCCGCUUGUUUCAAGGUGCAGUCAGUUCCCAUGAUUGGGAGCUUGCAGAGAGUUUGAUCUUGUUAGCAGAUCCGCAAACUCUUAAUGAUGCCUUGUGCAUCACAUUGGAUUCCAUCUGGUUCUUGAGCACACAACAGGAACUUCUUGGUAUAACAGGAUUGAUUAAGAAGAUCAUUGCUAAUGGUGCAUAUGACUUCACAAGAGCUGCCCUUCGGACUUCGUUUCUUGCUUCUUGUGUCUCUGCCUGCCAGAGCCGAACAAUGAGUCUUGCGGAUACAGUCACUGUAAUGGCUCAGAGGUUGCAUGAGCGACUCCAGGAAUGCAAUGGAGAUGAGGUCUUGAAGGCAGAAGCUGGUGCUAAGGUUCAGAAGUUUACUGAAUGGGCUCUGAAAUGUAUAGGCUUCCAUUCUCGUUGCCAAGGCAAUAAGGAUCGAAUUAGUCACAGCUCUGCUGUUGAGAUCCAACUCCAGUUAUCUGCAUUUAAGACAUUUCUAGAUCUUGCUGGUAAUCAACUUACAGGAAAGGACUUUACCGAGGCCUUUGAUGCUGCUUGCUUCCCCCUAACUCUCUUCUCUAGUUCAUUUGAUCCGGGCUGGGCAUCUGGCAUAUCAGCAACUGCAAUCCAAGGUUUGUUGGGUAUGCUAGUGGAAGGGGGUGCAGACAAUGUCAAUCAGUGUUUCCUUGAAGCUUCUCGUUUUGGAAGCACAGAGCUUGUGCGCAUUCUCUUACAGAUUGCACAAAGAAACAGUUUGGAUGUUGAUGUUGAUCUGGCAUUAGGCUUUGCUUCUCACUACUGCAAGAUUGGCACCAUGGAGUGUCUUGUGGAAGAGGGUAAUGCUAUAGCUUUUUUAGGCCCUUUGAUGAGAGCUGCUGAAAGGGGUUGUAUGCAGGUUGUUGAGUGGUUUGUGAAGAGGGGUUGCCGAGACAUGGAACUGUGUCUUGCCCUCACGGCUGCAACUUCAAGCAGCCAAGUCAAUGUUGCCUCUUAUCUUCUUCCCCAUGUUCCACAUCACGUCCUUGCAGCCCUAAGCAUUGAAAUUAUAAAGGCUGCUGGUGAAAGAAGUGGUGGGUCUCUUGACGGUGUAGCAUUUCUCCUACGUUCUGACUUCUUAGGUGAUCCUGCAGCUACUUAUGCUGUUGCUGACAGUAUUGCUAGGUCUGAUGAGGAGGCUGUUGCUCCUGAACUAAAGGCUUUUCUCCAGGAACACUGGUCAGAAUCAGCCUUCUCAGAUGGACUAAGACAAGGGCAAGAACAUUACAUGAAUGUUAUGAGAAUCUUCAAGUGGGGUGGAUCUCCUAUUUGCAUAAGAGAUCUUCCAGCCCCUCUGAGGGUCACAAUUGCUUACCUGCCGUUGUAUAGGGAGUGCAUUGAGGCAGGUGGCUGUUUAUUAUCACAAAGGAUAAGGGGUCAGCUUGUUGAAGCUGUGAGAGGACUCGGUGGUGGGGUCUUAGAAGAGGUGAGCCAGUGUGGAGAACUCUUGGUUGCCUUGGAGCACCAUCUCCCCCCAUUUUUGCUUCGAGCAUCUAGAGUUGUGUAGCAACUAGCAAAGAUUUUUUCUGGUCCACUUUUUGGAUUUUUGCUUCUCGUUUUUGGCCAUGCUAUCAAAUGUGUAACAGAAUAAUGAUAUUAAAGCCUGGGGUCAGGUUUGUCAAUUUUAUUCCCAUCGAAUAUCCUUGGCCUAUAUUUUGGGUUGCUGCCUGCUCUUUUAUAUGGCAUGUAGUAUAAAUAUUCAGGAUGUGCUUGUUGAUCUCUAUGGCGUAAGAAACUGAGCAUCCUUGGUCGAGAGAGGUUUGUAUAUUGACUCGUACUGUAUAAAAUAUGCUUUUUUGUUUC